GGUUAAAAGUGGAGGUCAGCUCCUCAACAACGAGUCCUGUGCAAGGGUUCCCGUUCCGUGCAACAACAGGGACAUGCAAUUACGGAUACGGAGACAGGAGCGAUGCUUUUCAGGAUAUGUAACCACGGCGCAGCUCCGCCUAGUUUCCAGCAAAGGACCUUUAUCAAAGCUAUUUCUUCUUUAAUCCUCCCGCCGGUCUGGCUCAAUUGUUCGGCGGCUGGCUUGAUGAUAACGUAUGCGGACUCUUUAUUGGACUUGCUCCCGAUCCACCCAUCCGUUCAACAUAAAUGCGUCCUUUGUCAUCGUCCGUUCCCAGCGGGCGACUGAGCGGGCGCCCUUGUGGUCACCGGCGUGAAUCUGAAACGAAACGGUGCAUGGGCUGGCUGCAGGCCAAGCCGCGGCGGCUGCCUUGGCUUCCCGGAGCCAA